AUGGCAACGGAGAUCUUGAGUCCACAGGAUUGUCUCACCCAGCGGAUCAGAGUCCCUCCUUGCCGCCGGAGAAAUUUUCACUACCACGGCCACGCCAACAACGGCAACGGAAAUGGAAAUUGUUUUAGCAAUAACAUUAGCAACAGUACAUCGUCUAACCCUAGGUUUAACAGGAAGUCGGCAGCGGGUGGGCAGAGGCCGUCCGACCACCACAGGAAGCGUCAUCAGCCGGAGCCGUCCAUCUCGAAGAGAUCGACCUCCGCCGAUGACUUGAGGAUCUCCUCCUCGAAGAACAAUAACCACCACCACCAGCACGGACACAGCCUGGUGAUGGAUAAGGUCACGAUUCUCAGGCGUGGUGAGUCGCUUGAUUCCAGAAGCGCAGAAACGAGUUCUUCGUCGUUGGUGGUGAACGAUACCGAGAGGAUUGGGCCGGAUCCCGAGGCGGUGUCGAGGCAGAUCAGAAUCACCGACGCGAGGCCACCGCCGGCGCCAGGGGUGCCGAGGAAGUGCGACGUGUACGCCGGAUCGGCGUUCGCGAUGUCUCCGGCUCCCAGCGCCCUCCCGUUGCCGUCUUUCUCGAAGAAGAAGCAGGUUCCCGUUGACGACUCGGCUACCAGGGACCUCCGACGCUUGCUCCGGCUCGAUCUUUGA